UUAGACUUAUUUGCUAAUAAAUCUAAAAUAUGAACCAGAGUCGAGAUGAUUAUGGCCAACACGAAUAGAACACGUGCGAUUAUUUAUUCAUACAUCUUAAAUUACUAGGAAGUAAUAAAGAUUCACAUUUGAGCCGGAAUCAAGGUAGAUGUUGACAAGAAUUCCACCGUAGUAGCCGAAAUCAGAGAAGAAAAUAUCUUGAUUCCGAUAUCCAAGGUUCUCCCCCUUUUCAAAUCUCUUGAUGCUUCUAGAAGGGGAACAAUCAAGAUUGGGUCUCCAGUUUUCUUUGCAUUGCUGAUUUUAGUAAUAGUUGCAUUGGUGCUUUUCUUUGGAAAGAAUGGUGAUUUUAGUAAUAAGUCCACUUUGAUGCCUGACCUUAGUAGCCAAAAAUGGAGUAGCUUCGACUCGUUGGUCCGAUUGGAUCCAACCGUUGAAUUGCGGAAUGGGACUGAUUUGAUCUGGCAGAUUCCUGAUUCACCAAAGGCUGUUCUCUUCUUGGCUCAUGGCUGUAGCGGUCGAGCAGCUAACUUUUGGGAUAGGUCUCCUAAGUGUCCGGAUUGCGUUGGUUUACCCGAAGAGAGGCUCAUUGUGCUUCAUGCUUUGGCUAGAAACUUUGCUGUAUUUGCCAUAUCGAGUAAAGGUGUGUGCUGGUCGCUAGGGGAGGAACGCAGUGUCGUUAAAAGUAUGAUCCGGUGGUGGAUUUCUGAGAAGAAGAUGGACAAGCUUCCUAUCUAUGCAAUGGGAGCCUCGUCUGGUGGAUACUUUGUCUCUGCUCUUGCUGCAGAGUUCCAGUUUAGGGCUAUCGCGUUGAUGAUCGCUGAAGGGGUGUUUAGUCAUUCGGAUAUAAGGAAGAACUACCCGGCUACGCUCUUUGUCCACAUGCCUAAAGAUGAAAAACGAAACGGGAAGAUAGAGAAGUAUCUAGUGGUGAUGAGGGACAAGGGUAUUGAUGUUGCAGAAGUUAGAUGCAUGGAAUUCCCUUUGACGCCUCAGUUUUUUGCCAAUAGAAUUCAGGGUCUUAGUCCGAACUUGUCAGAGAAGUUGUUCGAUGUUUUUCAGGAUAAGGGCUUUAUUGACGGGAAUGGUUACUUGAGGGAUGAUGGGCGUGUGAUACCGUGGAAAACAGCAAUCGAGGAGAGGAAUAUUUUUCUCCCUAAGAAGUCAUUGGUCAAUCAUAUUCAGGAGGAAAUGAAUCUUGCAUUUGCUUAUCAUGAAAUGACUAGCUUGCAGUCUCAGGAGAUCUUCGACUGGUUUGAUUCUCAUAAGAGGUGACGAGCAGUUAACCUUAUUACCAGACUCCGAUUCCUCCUUCCACAAAUGUGAUUACAGCUUGGGAGUGCAAUGCAUAAAUCUAGCAGAUUUGAUCAUUCUACCAAUUUUGGUGAGUUGUGAAAGCCAGAGUUCUACACAGUUUAGUAUGAAGCUGUGCAGACUGCAACUGUCAAGGACAGUUUUUCACGUUUUACCGGAUACGGCGGAGUUGUCUUGUUUCUUGAAUUAUGCAUAGAGAUCUUUACAUCUAACUUGUCAAAAACCACAUUGUAUUGUUGGCCAAUUACCACAUAAUUUGCUGACCACCGUCUAUUUGAAAUUAUUUAUAGCUAUUACCAAAUGAGUUGUUCGCUGCA